CCCAUGUCCGCCCCUCCGUCCCUCCCUCCGUGUGUCGGCUUGGUCUGGUCAGCAGAGCCACGUGACAUCUGACCAGUUAAAGAAGAAAAGCCGUCCAGAGCCAGGAUGUUGUCUUUGGGAGUGUUAGGCCGAGCUGGAGCUCGACUUGGGGUGAGCAGGACCUGGGGGAGGAUCGAGGAGGAGGGCAGGUGUUUGCCAGCCUGUUUAGCGGCCUAUCACACGGUCCCAAGGACAAGAAACUCUGUCCACACCCCGUCCUUUUCCCCUGCCAGAUGUGUCAGCACCACAGCUGCCUGUAGGAGCACUUCAUCAUCACCUGUGGCCAAUCAGAAAACACCGUCCUACAGCUACGUCAUCGUGGGUGCAGGGUCAGCGGGCUGUGUCCUGGCCAAUCGUCUCUCAGAGGAUGCCCAGGAGUCUGUGCUGCUGCUGGAGGCGGGGCCCAAGGACAUGUUGCUAAGCAGCGUGCGACUGUCUUGGAAGAUCCACAUGCCGGCCGCAUUAACCUACAACCUCUGCGAUGACAAGUAUAACUGGUACUACCACACCUUACCUCAGGCCAGCAUGGACAACCGGGUCAUGUACUGGCCAAGGGGCCGGGUGUGGGGCGGGUCGUCUUCGCUCAACGCCAUGGUGUACAUCCGCGGGCACGCCGAAGACUACAACCGCUGGCAGAGAGAGGGGGCCGAGGGCUGGGACUACGAACACUGCCUUCCUUACUUCAGGAAAGCUCAGACUCAUGAGCUGGGAGAAGACAGGUACCGAGGGGGCAGCGGACCUCUGCAUGUGUCCAGGGGAAAGACCAACAACCCCCUCCACACGGCUUUUAUUGAGGCCGGCCAGCAGGCAGGAUACCCCUUCACUGAUGACAUGAAUGGAUUCCAGCAGGAAGGCCUGGGGUGGAUGGACAUGACGAUUUAUAAAGGAAAGAGGUGGAGCACGGCCAGCGCCUACUUGAGACCGAUCCUGGGCCGACCCAACCUUAAGGCUGAGGUGGGCUGCUUGACCACCAAGAUCCUGUUUGAAGGGAACCGAGCUGUGGGCGUCGAAUACACACAGAAAGGACAGAAGAAACGGGUGUUUGCGGAUAAAGAGGUGAUACUGAGCGGAGGGGCCAUCAACUCCCCUCAGCUUCUGAUGCUGUCUGGGGUGGGAAACGCCGACGACCUCAAACAGCUUGGCAUCCCCGUGGUCCAACACUUGCCAGGCGUGGGCAGUAACCUGCAGGAUCACCUGGAGCUGUACGUCCAGCAGCAGUGCACUCAGCCCAUCACGCUUUACAAAGCCCAGAAACCUUUCCACAUGGUCAAGAUAGGCCUGGAGUGGUUGACCCUGUUCACUGGUUACGGAGCGACAGCCCACCUAGAGAGUGGAGGGUUCAUCCGAAGCCGGCCGGGCGUCACACACCCUGAUGUCCAGUUCCACUUCCUGCCCUCGCAGGUCAUCGACCAUGGACGAGUUCCUUCCAAGAUAGAGGCCUACCAGGUUCAUGUUGGACCAAUGAGGAGCACCAGUAUUGGCUGGAUGAAGCUGAAGAGUGCCAACCCUCUGGAUCACCCGAUUCUCCAGCCCAACUACCUCUCCACUGACAUUGAUGUGUGGGAGUUCAGAGAGUGUGUCAAACUCUCCAGAGAGAUCUUUGCCCAGAAGGCCUUUGACCCCUUCCGCGGUCCCGAGGUCCAGCCCGGUCCACGUGUCCAGUCUGACGCUGAAAUCGACGCCUUCGUCCGUCAGAAGGCAGACAGCGCCUACCAUCCGUCCUGCACCUGCAAGAUGGGCUCGCCCUCCGACCCCAUGGCGGUUGUCGACUCGAACACGCGCGUUCUGGGUCUCGAGCGGCUCCGGGUGGUCGACGCCUCUAUCAUGCCCAGCGUUGUCAGCGGCAACCUGAACGCUCCCACCAUCAUGAUAGCUGAGAAGGCCGCUGACAUCAUCAGAGGUCGGCCAGCUCUCGUCGACCCGGGCGUUCCGGUGUACCAGCCCCCGACGCUCGACACACAGAGAUGAGAGGGGGAGGAGCUAGAAGACAGGAGGUAAAAGCUGCACCGUCAGCCAUAUUGGUGAAGGGUUCGUGUGCCUAGAGGUUAUUUGAGGGGGAAACUAAAGAAGAUUGUAUGCUCCUUGCUUGCACCAAUUGUCAUACAUGUCUGCCGUAAUGGAGAUCCACAGCUUUUGGGCAACAGUGGCUGAGAACAGCUGACUUUUUUUCCUAAUUAUUUAGUGGGCAUGGUUAAUUUCUCUACUGAUCAUUUUGCCAAUAAUCAAUCGAACAGACUUCUAGAUAAUGUCAGCCUUUCAGCUCGCUCACCUUAGUGUAUCCUGAGUAACAUGGUUUGAUGUAUGGCUAUUUUAUUAUCACCAGCUGUUAUCAAAGAGUCGAGUCGGUGAUUCUGGAGAAAGAUUGUCGAUAAUUGAAAUCACCAGCCAAAUUUAACAUCCAUUUAACUGCCCUGUCUCCCCUCGCCCCCUGCCUCCCCCUGUCCUGUGAAGAAACCAGUCAUACCUUAUAAGACAAUUCAUUUUUACUUUAACAUCACUGAACUGACAUACGUUUUUUUUUGUCUGAUUGUUAUAUAUCAAUCAUCAAUCAUCAACAUUAUGAACGCCAGAUAUUAUUAGAUGUUAUGAAAAUACAUCAGAAAAGUCCAGUUUUCCUACGAUUGCCUUUGCUGAAUCUGGACAAAGAACCAACAUGCUUGAGCGUUUUAGCGUCUGUGAGCCUCCAGAUUUGCUGAGAGAGAGAGAGAGCGCCCUGUAAAAUAAACAAGCUCAUUUCUAAAUCUCUUACAAAAAAAAAAAAAAAAAUGAAGCUCUGCUCCUUCUAUGGAUUCUGUUACCUUUUUCUGAAUAAGUAUGAGUACAUGUCAGAUUAGACAUCAUGAUGGAUUACAUUAAUUUUGAGUGAGGCUCUAAUUUCACCUCACAAUGGCAAAGUCAUACUUUUUUAAAAAAACAAAAAAAAAAAAACAAUGCUGAGCUUUAAAAGAUGUCUUUGUUGUGGUUGCAAUAAGGA